AUGUCUAUUGUAAACACAACUGAGUGUAUUAUCUGUUAUAAUGAAUAUGACACUGAAUCUCGAAAACCUUGCAUCGGAACAUGUGGUCACUCAAUUUGCGAACACUGUAAACAUCAAAUGCUCUCAUCAAAAUGUCCGCAGUGCAAUCGAGAAGAAGCGUUCGCAAUCACAACAAUUAAUUAUCAAGUUCUAGAAUUAAUUAAACAUUUUCGAAGUAUGCAAGCGGGUGAAUCAUCUGGCUCACGAUCUCUAUUAGACGAUGCAAAAGUGAACCGCAAACAAAGUGCUCGUGAGCCCCUUCUCAUUGGUGUUUUCAAUCCAAAAGAUACGGUCUGGACGCCUGUUGGAAGAAUGCCGAAUCCGAAAUCCAACUACGCCGUCGCCAGCAACAAAACUCAAAUAUUCAUCGUCGGCGGAAUGAACAACGGGUCGUGGCUUCAGAAUGUGGAGAUGUACGAUAAGGAUAAGAAUUUGAGAAGAGAUUGCAAUAGAAUGAAACACGGAAGAACUAGAACCUCUGCUGGAUUCCACAACGGAAAGAUGUACGUCGCUGGAGGAUACGAUAGCACCUACAUGUCAUCGGUGGAGAUUCUGGAUCCAGACCGUGGAGAUUGGAAGGACGGGCCACCACUUCAGAGACCUCGUGCUGAUGGAGCAGUUAUUUCUUUUCUCGGAGGAUUCAAUGGUAAAGAAUACGAAGAGAAGAUUGAAAAAUUGAAUGAUGCCUUUCAAAAAUUCGAAGUCGUCGGUGAAAUGCAAGGAAGUCGUGCCGGAUUCGCAGCUUGUGCGUUCCGUGGAAGAAUAUACGUGGCUGGAGGAUGGAGUAACUCUUCUAAUACCCUCCGAUCGGUUCGAAGCUACGAUCCGAUGACGAAAAGUUGGAAGGAUGAACCAUCUCUGAACAAAGAUCGAAAAUACUUUACACUGCAUGCAACCAGCAGGCACAUUUAUGCCAUUCGAGGAUGUGCAGACAGUUGGAGUCUCAUCAAUGAGGUCGAGAAAUACGAUCCGGAUACGAACAAAUGGGAAGUUAUCAGUUGUACCGGCGCAUCUCCCGCUCAGAAUACUUCUCAGAACUCAGCAACCAAUGAACAAGCUCCCUAA